AUGCCGAUAUUGCUGCAGAAAAAAGCCCACAAUGAAGCAACAAGUCUCUCGUCUCCGAGCUUUAUCAUGAGGGUCCCUGGCCCUCCAUGUAGGGCGGAAAUGAUUCUGGAUACUGGUGAGACUACUCCGUAUUGCUCAACCACCACAACACCCAUGCUCUAUGGCCGAGGGUUCAAGAUGGGUCCAUAUCUCGGCGAGUCCAGUAACAACAAGUGCACAUCCAUCCUCAUUUAUCUGUUCGUCCAUUCGUCAAUUUUUCCCAUCCCUGGUCCAGCGCCCAACCCUUGCUGUCUUUCGAAGUGA